AUGGAGGACGACGACGAGUUCGGCGACCUCUACACGGACAUCGUCCUCCCGACGUCCGAGCCCCCCAGGCCGCCGCCGCCCGCCGAAACCCCGCCGCGCGCCGCCCCGGCCCCAAACCCUAAUUCGGCGCCAGCUCCCGCGUCGGCCGCGGCGGCGGCGGGCGCCGAGGACGACGACGACGACGACUGGCUGCUCGGAGGGGGCGACCCCCUCGCCGGGGUCGACCCCACCACCGACUGGGUCGACGAGGACGACGAUGGCGGCGCGCCCCCCGCCGUGAAGCGCGAGGUCGAUGCGAAGCCGCCGCCCCCCGCCGCGGAGGAUCCCGAUCCGCUCAUGGGGGUCGGCGCGGACGACCCCGGGGCGGCCAUCCCGGGGCUCUCGUCCUCGGCGGCGGCCGGUGGUGCGGCCGGGAGCGACGAGUGGGAUAGCGACAGCGAGGACGACCUCCAGAUCGUGCUCAACGAGACGGACGGACGCCGGCGGCUCGGGGAGGACGAAGGCGACGACGAGGACGGGGAAGACCUCCUCAUCGUCGCCGAUGGACCUCACGUCCCCGGCAUGGAGGAGCAGGAGUGGGUGGAGGACGGGACAGCGGCUGGGCCCGAGGGAGAGAGAAAAGAGGGCGGUGAGCCUGGGAAGACGGGCCCCAUGCCUGGCGGGAGGAUCGGGUACAGUGGCGGCGGCCCGGGGUUCCACCCGCAGCACCAUUCCAUGUUCAAGUAUGUACGACCUGGCGCUCCAACCGGUGGGGCUCCUAGUGCUCCUGGCCAAUUCCGUCCACCUGGACCCCCUGGACCUUUUUCUGGUCGAGGAAGAGGAGACUGGCGGCCUGGUGCUUGUAGGGGCAUGAAUAAAGGUUUUCAUUCAGGCUAUGGAAUGACUCCAUGGGGUGGUGCUGGUCGUGGUUUUGGUGGCGGACUAGAUUUCACACUUCCUCCUCACAAGAUAAUUUUUGAUAUUGACAUUGACACCACAUUUGAGGAGAAGCCAUGGAAAUACCCUAGUGCUGAAAUUUCAGACUUCUUCAACUUUGGGCUUGAUGAGGAGAAAUGGAAAGACUACUGCAAGCAACUGGAUCAAUCACGAUUGGAGUCCACAAUGCAAUCUAGAAUACGGGUGUACGAGAGUGGGCGCUCAGAACAGGACUACGAUCCAGAUUUGCCACCGGAGCUAGCUGCUGCGGCUGGCCAUCAUGACGUUUCUGCUGAUAAUCGGAAUAAAGUAGAUAAUGGACAUACAGAUUUCAGUGCCCAAGGGAGAGUUCCUACAAGCAACCGACCUGCAGUGAUGACGGGCAGACCUAUACAAGUUGAAACUGGUUAUGGAGAACGUUUUCCGUCUGCUGAUACACGUCCAGGUCGAAACCGUGAAUCAGAUUCUGUUAUAGAGAUUGUAUGUGAGCCUCCGGCAGAUGAUCCAAUAGUUGCUGAUAGUUCAGUGGAUCAGUCUGAGAAGGAUUCUCAAGGAGGUAAAAAAAGCAACGGUGUUGAGGAGAGCGAGGUCUAUACACCAGAGAAGACGAACAAUUCUUCUUAUAAUUCCUCUUUGGGAAAGGCAGAACAUACCAGAAGGUUGCCUGUCUCAUCUGAAGGUGAUAUGCUCACAUCAGAUGUUCAGGGCCGUUCCCCGCCGAACUACAAAAUAAGGGGCUCUCCUUCUCGUGGAGUAAGGUUGAGAGGACGCUCUCAGGGUGUAAACCCUAGCCGAGAAGCUGAAAGCUCCAAUGAAGUACCUCGCAAAACAACAUCCUCAAAGAGACGCCGUGAUACCCCGGGAGAUAGCAAACCUGUUGAUGACUCAGAAACUAAGGAUGGCUUAAAACGGUCACCUACUGUUGCUGAUGAAACGACAGACAAGCUGAGCACAGAAGAUCAAUUUGCUGAUAAUGAUGAUAGGCUUGCUUUGGUUGAUAGUGCUGAAAUGGAUGCUGAUGAUGCUAUCUCAGAACCUCACAUGGCUAGCGAUACGAAUGAGGAUGAUAAUGAGGAUCAUUCUAGUAAAAGGCAGAAGAUCAUUUCUAAGGUUGAGCAGCCCCCUGGACUCAUUAAUAGUAGUGAUCAAGUCGAUUUGAAGACACUGAAUAGUGAAAACAGUAGAGGAGUGAGGUCUGGUAGCAGCAAAGAUCAUCAGAAACGCCUUGAAUCUGGUGAAGAAGUUCUGCAAGAUAGGCGGUCCAGGCGUGUAAAUGAUGUGAGAAGGCAUCAUGAUGGAGAAGAACGCGAUCCCCGUCGAAAGGACAUGUCUGCUCGAGACGUCAAACCUGAAAUAGAAAGGACACAUUUGGCUUCUAGAGGUAGGGAUGAUAUCCACCAUCCUUACGGGAACAGAGAUCGGGACAUACGCGGUAAAAGUUUUGAUAGGGUAAGAGAGACUGAAAUUUUGCAGAGAAGAGAAGACAGCAUGCACAACAGAAGAGGCAAGGAGGAAGAUUUGAGACUCAACUACAAUGCUGAAGUUGGUGCAAGACAUAGAAAUAAGUUGAGACCUAUUGAUAGGAAUGACAGGGAUGAAGAUCCUCAUCCAAGGAAAUUGCUGGAUGAUGGUGACUGGAGGGGCUCUAGACAAAGAGAGCGUGGUGAUAUGGUUUUGAAUAGUCGUGAAAGUUUAGAUGAUUCUCAUAUCAAGAGAAAGAAAGAUGAAGAGAACACCAGGAGAAUGAAACCUGAGAGUGAAGAUGCAGUCCACGGUUAUAGAGGAAGGGAUGAUCCAAACAGAAGGAAGAGAGAACGGGAUGAUGGAAUUGAUCAGAAAAGAAGAGACGAUGGUGUUAGGAUGCGGGAGAAGGCUGAUGAUCGUAGUAUUGUGAAGAAUAAAGAGGACAACUUGCGACAGAGAGAAAAGGACGACAGGCAGAGGCCUAAGCAUGAAAGCACACUGCUCCUUCAGAGAGAAGAAGGCAGAGGAACUGGUCGGGGUGGACGGGUUAUGGAUGACAAAAUUGUCGGUGGUGGUAGGAAGAAGGAUGAAUCAAGAUCUGCAUUGUUGAGCAAAGAAACCCUAGAGCGCAACAAACAAAAUGAGCCUGGGAGGAGAGGUCAAGGUGCAGAAGAAAACAGCACGCAGAAUAAAGGGCGAGCUGAUGUGCGUCCACGUGAUGACAAUCCAAAUAACAAUGAAAGGAACUCCAGACAAGAUAAAAUAAAAAAGAUUCAUGACAAUAAUCGUGUAUCUAGCAGUUCUGAUGCUCGCCAGGCUAGUAGGGAUAAGCCGAGGGAGAGCACAAGAAAGGGCAGAGGCUCUGUGCCAAAUGAGCAAGAUCUUCACAGAUCUAGCAAGAGAAGACGGGAAGACCAUGAAAGCUUUCGUAGUGGGAAGGUUGAGGCGAAAGGAGGGAGGGAGCAACAAAAUGGUAGGGAUCAUGCUACAUCAUCCAAAACGAGCAAGAAUCCUCAACAACAUGAUUCAUUUGUGAAACAAGGGGAAGAAGAAGCCAUGUCAGAUGAUGAGAAUACCGAUGAUUCAAGAAGGGGUCGGUCUAAGCUGGAGCGAUGGACAAGCCACAAAGAGAUUGACUAUAGUACUAUUGAUAAUGAGACCACACAUGCAUUUCCUUCCAUCGAAGCUGAUGUUCAACCCCCCACUGCUGAUGCAUCAGGUAAAUCUGAUGUUCCUGCUAUAGUUGUCAGUUCGGACAUGAAGAACAGUGGUGAUAAUGGGCAAGCCUCUGAGAUGACGGCUGAAGAGCGUGACCGACAUCUAGACACGGUUGAGAGGCUCAAGAGAAGAAGCGAACGAUUCAAACUUCCCAUGCCUGGCGAGAAGGAGGUACCCCAGAACAAAAAGGUUGAUGCUGAAGUGCAGACUUCCCAGAAUGAAUCGCCUGCUGCUGACGUUGAAGUGAAGCCUGAGCGGCCAGCUCGCAAGAGGAGAUGGGCUGGGAGUUGA